CCUAAUGUAACUGAAGGAUCAGUUCGAUAUGUCUGCCUAGCUCAAGGGAGCAUGAUUGCUACUUAUGAAGCCAUAGCUCUUAUAGCUACAUUCACUCCUAACCCAGGAGAACCUGAACAAACUAGAAUAUUUGAUAUUGAAUGUAUCAGUGGUACAUGGAGUGGAAGGACUGGUAGUUUAGAUACUCCUCCUCCCAGUGUUGUUGGUAUUCCUCCAAGAACUGAUUGUUAUCGGUGUAGGGAAGGUUUUGGUGGUGAUACUAGAUGUAGAGCAUGUGACAGUGCUUGUAAUUUUGGACUGAUGAGGUGUACUGGAUCGGGCUCUGGUGAUUGUUGUUUAUCAUUUGCUGCUAAUGGUCAGUGUGAUGGUAGCACUGACUGUACAUCAUCAGGUCCUAACUAUGUUGCUACCGAGAGUAAUAACUUCACUUGCACUUGUAAUUUAACCUGUUCUAUCGGUUUUACUAUUAACUCUAAUUGUACUGACUGUGAUCUCUCUAGUAUCUGUGAUGCAUACAGUCCAUGUAUGAAUGGAGGACAGUGUAUACAGUAUUCACCUCCUGAUAAUUAUACUUGUGAUUGUACUGGCACUGGAUACCAGGGAGUCAACUGUACUUUUGGGAUGCCCUCUUCCACUCAUUCCUCUACUCCUUGCUCUACUCCUUCCUCUACUCCUUCCUCUACUCCUUCCCCUACUCCUUCCUCUACUCCUUCCUCUACUCCUUCCUUUACUCCUUCCUCUACUCCUUCCUCUACUCCUUUCUUUACUCCUUCCUUUACUCCUUCCUCUACUCCUUCCUCUACUCCUUCCUCUACUCCUUCCUCUACUCCUUCCUCUACUCCUUCCCCUACUCUUUCCUCUACUCCUUCCUCUACUCCUUCCUCUACUCCUUCCUUUACUCCUUGCCCUACUCCUUCCUCUACUCCUUCCUCUACUCCUUCCUCUACUCCUUCCUCUACUCCUUCCUAUACUCCUUCCUCUACUCCUUCCUCCACUGUUCCAUCAUCAUCUCCUUCACCCUCACUAAUAUCAUGUAAUGUCACAAACUGUGACAACUGUCAAAACUCUGGCACUAGAUACCAGGGAGUCAACUGUGCUUUUGGUUGCUUUCCUCAUAAUUGUAAGGAAGCAUAUGAAAACGGUAAAGUAUGCAGUGGAGUAUAUACUGUGAAACCUGAUGAACUGCCAGCCUUUAAGGUUUAUUGUGAUAUGAGUAAUGGAGGUGGCUGGACUGUAUUUCAAAGGAGAAUGGAUGGUUCUGUUAACUUCUACCUCAACUGGGCUGACUAUAAAAAAGGAUUUGGAGACCUCAAAGGAGAGUUCUGGCUGGGACUUAACAAAAUAAAUCGACUUACAGCAGGACAAAGCACUAGGCUCCGUGUUGACAUGGCAGAUUUUAAUGGGAAUAAGAGGUUUGCUACUUAUUCUAAAUUUAAUGUAGGGAAUGCAGUUACAAAGUACAAACUGACUGUGUCUGGAUAUAAAGGCAAU